AUGCACCGUCUCCUCGUUACGAUCAUGACUAACCUGUUACAGGCUGAUAUCUGGGUGGCCUACAUGGAGAUGGAGUUAGGCAUGAAUGAUUUCCCGGCAGUUGAGAGCCUUUUCAACAGAUCGCUGAUCUCCGUUCCCAACGUCAAGCUUUGGACCGUUUAUCUAGACUAUGUCCGCCGUCGCAACGACUUGAGUGACACCACGGGCCAAGCUCGCCAGACUGUUACCCAGGCUUACGAAUUCGUGUUGGACAAUGUUGGUAUUGACAAGGAUUCUGGGUCCAUCUGGUCGGACUACAUCCAGUUCAUUCGUCAUUCACCAGGAGUCGCAGGAGAUACUACCUGGCAGGGCGGCCAGAAGAUGGAUCUCUUGCGUAAAACAUACACAAGGGCAAUCUCUGUCCCGAUUUCGAAUGUCAAUACGUUGUGGAAAGAGUACGAUCAAUUUGAGAUGGGACUUAACAAGACAACUGGGCGCAAAUUCCUUGCAGAAAGGUCGCCAGCCUACAUGUCGGCAAAGAGUGCCAAUACUGCACUGGACAACAUUACUCGUGGACUGCAGCGGACGAAUCUUCCGAGGUUGCCACCAGCCCCUGGUUUUGAGGGUGAUGAAGAGUACAUGAGCCAGGUCGAGCUGUGGAAGAAGUGGAUUGCGUGGGAGAAAUCCGACCCCUUGGACCUCAAGACUGAUGAGCCAGAUCUACUACAGAAGCGUAUCUUGUACUGCUACAAACAAGCCCUGAUGGCGUUGCGCUUCUGGCCAGAGAUGUGGGUCGACGCCGCUGAAUGGUGCUUUGACAACGCAAUCACAAAAGAUGGUGUGGAUGUCGGUCUGGAUUUCUUGACGCAGGGCAUCGCCGCAAAUCCUGAGAGCGUUCUACUUGCCCUCAAACAUGCCGACCGCAUUGAAGAGACCCAUCCUGUGGAAGAAGGUGACGCUGCAAAGGCUGAGAGAGGCGCCGCGGUUCGCGCUCCCUACAAUAAAGUCCUCGACACUCUGUAUGAUAUCAUCAAGGGCGUGAAGGAGAAGGAAAAGGCCGACCUCGCUAAGGUCGAGGAGAUUCUAGCUCUAGAAGCGAAUGCUGCAGCAUCUAAUCCAGCUCUAGACGAUGAAGAGGAUGUCGAUGGCCACGAGGGUGAUUCAAAAGAGGCACAGAGGCAGAUGAGGAUCAAGGCUAUCCAGCAAGGAGUUUCUGCCCAGACGCAGCUCCUCUCCAGAACUCUCUCCUUCGUGUGGAUUGCCCUAGCGAGGGCAAUGCGUCGUAUUCAGGGCAAGGGUGUCAUCAACACUCCGCUUGGCGGACUGAGACAGGUCUUCACUGAAGCCCGCACGCGAGGUCGUCUGACGAGCGAUGUCUAUGUGGCAGUUGCUCUUCUGGAAUGGAAUGUGUACAAAGACAAUGCAGGUGUGAAGAUUUUCGAGCGCGGUGCCAAGCUCUUCCCCGAAGACGAGAAUUUCAUGGUCGAGUAUCUCAAGUUCAUGCACUCGAGAGACGACUUUACAAGUAAGCUUUUCGUCUCCAUUGACCUUUAG